GUGACUUGUACAAGAAAAUAAAUGGCCAGCGUGGAGUAUUAUUUCCUGAAGAACAGGUUAUGGAUUGGUUUGUACAAAUUGCACUUGGCUUAAAACAUGUACAUGACAGGAAAAUCCUUCAUAGAGAUAUAAAAUCCCAGAACAUCUUCUUGACAAGAAAUGGUAUGGUGAAGCUAGGAGACUUUGGUAUUGCAAGAGUGUUGCACAACACUUUUGAAUUGGCAAGGACUUGUAUAGGAACACCAUAUUAUUUAUCACCAGAAAUAGUAGAAAACAGACCAUAUAACAACAAAAGUGAUAUUUGGUCACUAGGCUGUGUUCUUUAUGAGAUGCUGACAUUAAAACAUGCUUUUGAAGCUGGGAAUAUGAAGAAUCUUGUAUUGAAAAUUAUCAGGGGCUCAUAUCCUCCAGUGCCAAUAAGAUACAGUGGGGAUAUCAGAACGUUAUUGUCACAACUUUUGAAAAGCAAACCCCAGGACAGACCAUCUGUMAAUAACAUUUUAAAGAAAAACUUUAUCCAAAAAAGAAUACAGAAGUUUCUCUCUGAACAGGUAMAUACUCAAUGUAAAUGUUACAAAAUACUAAAAAGAUGACAACCACUGAAG